UGAUUCUGAAAACAGUGUCCAGAUGACUACGACUGAAACCUUUUCUACGAUAAAACAUGACAUAGUUUAUUAAGAUAUUAGCAUGCAUUUAAUGUUUAAAUGCCAUAUGCCUAAUAUGCUGAAUGAUAUGUGUAUUGCAUAGCCACUUAGUAAUGGCUACUUGAUAGCGAACAUGACCACCAAAUUAAGUAUUACGUAAAACUGAUACCACCUUAUCUACAGUACUUUGUGUCUUUUUUAUUGGAAGAAGGCAUGACCAAACAACAGAUCAACUUGUCAUCUGUAAAGGAAUUGUGUAUAAAGAUUCUAAUGAUAAUUGCCUGUAUUUCCUGAACCGUUUGGAUUUUGGCUAAAUCUGGCUUUAAACCAAGACAGAAAUGAUUAAUAACCAAGAUUUCUCUUUAGUUAUUUGUCGUGUGUUAAGGUAUUUAUCAAAGCAACGAUUUUUUUAGUAAUGAAUGGUUUUUAGUUUUACCCCUUCUUGUGCAUCCAAAGUUGAGGUGAUUAGGCACUCACAGUAUGUCAGUACAGGUGGAUUCUGUGCUUGUCAGCAGAGGAGCAACUUGUUGCCCUGUCUGACCUCAGCAGGGAGCGAGGCGCAGGGGCCAUGUGUGAAUAGGCCUUUAGAAAACACUGGUGUGGUGGCGAGGCUGCUGACUCAGGGGGCUCACAGUGCGCCGCCCCUGUCCUCAGCACCUGCUGGCCCAGUCAGGUCUCCAUCCAGUACAGAGAGCAUGUCAGUAUCCUAGCACACAGCCAAAAAUUAAGCUGCCAGGUCUGGAGGAGCAUACUCUUUUAGGGGAAAGAAAAGAAACAAGACAAAAUCAACGCAUUUCAGAUGCAGAGUGGCGUAGCGCUUAAUGACGAACCCAGUAAGAAGAAUAAGGAUGGCCAGACGCGAGAGCAGGACUACUCUUCUGAAAGCCAUUACAGAAUUGUUUCACCAACAUUCCAGUAUAAGAUGAGCCACCAGCGAGUGGGCAAGUGUAUCAUCAUCAACAACAAAAACUUUGAUGAAAAGACAGGGAUGAAUGUACGCAAUGGCACAGACCGAGACGCAGGUGAGCUGUUCAAAUGCUUCAAGAGCCUGGGCUUCGAUGUCUUCAUCUACAAUGAUCAGACAUGUGAGAAGAUGGAGUGUCUUCUCAAAGAGGCCUCGGAGGAAGACCAUAGUGACAGCUCGUGUUUCGCCUGUAUCCUGCUAAGCCACGGUGAGGAGGGCAUGAUCUACGGAACAGACGGAGCCAUGCCCAUCAAGACCAUGACCUCAAUGUUCAGGGGGGACAUGUGCAAAAGCUUAGUCGGAAAGCCAAAGCUCUUCUUCAUCCAGGUCAUCGUUGAGAAAGCUACUCAGGAUCACAAUGAAAUGUCAUUUCAUUUACUUCACCAGGCUUGCCGGGGUUCCGAAUUUGAUGAUGGUAUACAGACAGAUUCAGGUCCGCCAAACGAUACCUUGGAGACAGAUGCUAAUCCAAGACAUAAGAUCCCUGUAGAGGCAGAUUUCCUGUUUGCCUACUCCACUGUGCCAGGGUAUUACUCAUGGAGAAAUCCUGGGCGUGGCUCUUGGUUUGUCCAGGCACUCUGCAACGUCCUCAACGAGUUUGGCAAGCAGCUGGAGAUAAUGCAGAUCCUGACACGGGUCAACUAUAUGGUGGCCACCAGCUUUGAGUCCUGGUCUGAAGACCCACGCUUCAGUGAGAAGAAGCAGAUUCCCUGCGUGGUCUCUAUGCUGACGAAAGAACUGUAUUUCAACUGACCGCCAGCCUAACUGACUGUACUGUACAACACCACAGACUGACUGACUGACUUGACCGACUGUUUCAGGUACCGACUAAGCGUUCAAAGCAUUCAGGGAUGAUUCAGGCCCAGCGGGACACUGCACAUUUGGAGCACAUAUGACAUUUUGCAUGUGUAGUUGGGCCCGAAAACAAGCACUCCGUGAGAAAAAAAAACAUUUACAGUGGCACUCCUCGUUCAUGUGUUGAUGGUGAAACUUCUUCCUCUUCUUCAGGUUAUUCUUUGGAAUAAUGGCGUCACAUUUGAUCUGAUCUUUUUUUGACAGGCAUUGUGAAAUAUCCAUGUUAUUCUUCCAGCCCGGAAAAUUUGCUGCCAGUUUUUGUGGGUUUGGGGAAUCUUAUCUGAAUAUGUUUCUCUCCAUUUUCCAGCAUUUGCAAUAGAUGUUGAAAGGAACUAUAUAGAGUGGACAGGAGUCUUCAGGCUAAACUUAGCUCUUCUAGUUCUGACAAACUGAAAGAAUUGACAUUUGGUGUUCUGGUCUAAUGCAGUCCAAUGCAUCAAUCUUGUCAUUUUGAUUUAUCUAAUAUGAUUUUGCACAAACAGCCUAAAUGAGGGCUCUUUUGAUGCACUAGUCUGUCUAUAGAAAUCCCCACUAGGAAACUGAAUAGAGUGAUUACAAACCCUUUGAUUGCCAUAGGAGAGAUGAGGGAGCUGCCUUGAUUACAAACCCUGUCCGAUGCAUUGUUAGAGGGGGAAAAAAGCAUCUGGAAAGUGGAUCAGAUCAUUUUCAGUUAUCUGUGUUUUAAUGUUUUCAGCUGUCAAUUGUCAAAAGAAAGAGACAAAAGAAAAAGACAACACUCCUCUGAGCAGAAACAUGUGACAGUGUUUUUUGCCAAAGGUUCAGUGUCUCAGCCUUCCUAGCAAGUUUCAGUUGGUAGCAGCAUGCUGGCAUCCUCAGGUUCUUUAAUGUCCCAUGAAGUGGGUAAAUGUAAUGUUGUCAUAAGAAUGUCAUAUACGUAUGGCUAGGAAGGUGUGCUCUUUUGCUGUGUAGUGAUUAGUUGUAUGGGAUUUUGGGUCAAGUGCGUAGUAUAUAGUCCACUCCCAUAAAAGCAAGGGUUAUUUGCAAUUUGCCAGUUUUCUCAAUGUGAUGUUGAAGACUUCACUUGCUUGUUGUUCAACCCAGAGUAAGUGAAGUUCAUGUAUUUGCACAUGAUCAAAAUUACGCACGUGUCUUAUUAGUCAAGGUCAAACAAAUCAGUUUAUGAAUUUCCCUUUCUUAAUCUUUAAAGUUAGACAUUCCUCUUGAAUAUCUUUAAUAGAUAAUAUGAUACAUGCUGUUGGAUUGUUACACCAGAAAGAGAACUUAAGAAUGUCAAAAACUGUGUCAUAAAUUUGGGAAAUAUUAUAGUGUAAAGCUGGACUAGGGCCCAAAGCACAAAUGCCACAUCAUAUCACUGUAUAUUAGUGUUGUCAUAACAUAAAUUACACUUUAAUAAGAUGUACCCAGCAAGGUCUUCCUAUUUAUAUUAAAAUUGAUCUUUGAUUUAGAAAGAUCUAAAAACCCAAAAUUGCUUUUCCAUAUAAUUUUUAAGCACUUAAUGCGCGUUUUGUGCAAGUUUUUUUUUUAAACAAUAUUGCACAAUUUAGUAAAUGAAUCAUUAUCAUUGAGUUAUAUGGUAAAAUCUAAAAUAUAUAUUUUGAAUAUAAUAGACAUUUGCUGAUGGUCAUUACAACUUACAUAAAGUUUGUUUCUGCAAAUACACUGUGUUAUUGUUAUUGUCUGUCAAUCACAGAGGCAGCUAUUACUGGUGGUGACAAGUCUGAACAUACACAAACCACAUGUCCACAAUACAUUCACUCAUUGUUGCUGCAAUGUUUUUACAUUAUUCACAUGAUUGCAUGUGUCAGUAACUUAGGGGAAAAGUUCAGCAUUAGGUUUAAUUUGUCAUUAUAUUUUCCUCUUUUUACUCCUUGUAUUUUUUUAUCAGUCGUUUUUUUAUUUUGAUAACACUUUUACAUAAUAUUUAUAGUUGCCAGAAGUGUGAUCAAUACUGGCUUAAGUUAGAGACAUGUCCCAUUUACACCCAGUGCACUUGUCCAAUAUAGCCACAACUCUUGAAUCCUCUCGACACAUGGAUCUCUGAUUAGUGAUGUGGUGCCCAACCUGUGCUGAAGGAGUGUUUGCUCCACUUGUUUUGGAUUGGAAUUGAAGGAGGGAAAAAUUUAUUUUUAAGGGUAAAAUUUUAAAUGCUUUCCAGUGUUAAAUGCUGUUGUCCUCAGAAAUAUAUUUGAAAAGAUUUGGAAAAAUGAAUGAAUGAAUUUCAUUGAAAGUAUAAUCUGGCCCAGUUUUUUAAUUUUAUUUGGGGCAAUACCUUGUUUAAAUAACUUCAAAACAGAGGAAUGCUUAUGUAAACAUUUUAUUGUAUUAAACAUGAAGAAUUUAUUGUGUAA